AGGGAAGAAACAUGAUGCUGUGGGUUUUGGUGGUGACCACACUGUUUGUCAGUGAUGUGGCAGGGAUGGGCAAUUCCUCGGAAGUGAAGGAGACACUGCGGGCCAUUGGAGAAAUAACCAGAGGACGUUGUGAGAAUGGCUGGUAUGAAUAUUCGCCUACAAGAUCCUGUUACCACUGUUUCACAACCUCAAAAACAUGGAAAAACACUGAGGACAAGAAUUUCAUAUGGAAUGAUGAAUCUUCAAUCAGAUACCUGAACUGGGCUAAUGGAAGGCCUCUGGAUCCUAAAUACAGACAACAGUGUGUGGUCACUAAUUAUGGGAGUCCUGGUGUUUGGCUUGAUAUGUAUUGCAACAGAGCUUAUAACUAUGUUUGUGCCUACAAACUUCACUGAAUUUAGAAGACUCCUGAUCCAGCCAUUCAGUGCCUUGAUUUCUUUGUAGCCGCUCUCACUGUCUGCGGUGACUGUACUCACUUAGUUUCU